AUGUUCAUCCAGAAGGCUUUUCUUGCUCUUGUUGGAGCGGCUGCGGCCGUCCACGCGCUUCCUGGCAACCUAGUCCGUGCUGACGUGACCUCUGACCAGGCCGGACUUUACCGGUUCGAGCAGGUGACCAAGCACAUCGCGUCCGGCGACGUCCUCUACCGCUCCUCCGCGCCCAACUACCGCUACAGCGACGACGCGACCCAGAACGUGACGGCCGAGACCGUCGCCUUCUUCCAGCAGAAGGGAAUCACCCACGUCAUCAGCCUCAACCACCACGCCAACGACCCGAUCAUCACCGCCGCCCUCAAGGACGCCGGCAUCGCCUACACGCCGCUGCAGGUCGCCGACUUCACCGCCCCGACCAUCGACGACUUCAAGAAGGGCUUCCAGAGCUUCACGCAGCACCGUCGGGCCACGCUCGUCUGGUGCGGCUUCGGCCAUGGCCGCACCGGCACCAUGGUCAGCGCGCUGCAGAUCCAGGCGCAGGCCGAGCGCGGCGAGGUCAGCGCCAUGACCGCCCAGGACUACGACGACAACAACGUCGAGACCCCCAAGCAGAGGGAGGUUCUCAACAAGCUCCAGAAGGAAGUCAACGACAAGAUCGCCGCCGCCUCGCCCACCUCCACCGCCGCCGCCGCGCCUACCGCUUCGGCGCCUCCUGCUAAGCCGCUCGGCCCCAAGGAGAUGGAGAACCAGCUCUGCUCGACCGCGGGUGGCAAGCAGAACAAGUACGAGAUGGAGGAGAGCGACUGCCGCAUCCAGGUCGCCCAGUGCGUCUUCGAGGUCACCAAGACCAACCCCAAGGCCGGCUGGGACUCCAUCCUGUCCUGCAUGGACAGCAAGUUUCUGCCCGUCGUCAAGGGCGCCUCCGCCCCCAUCUGGGCUUAG